UGCCCGAACGCGCUUCCGAAUCCGCAUUGGUUUUACCGACUCCGAGAACCUCCGAUAGCAGUUGCGUCACCACACAAGCACGGAUGAGACAUAGCCAUUCGAGAGCUGUGUGUGAUUGUUGUCAACGACAAUAAGCUAUUGAAAAUGAAGUUUAGUAAAUAUAAAUUUGAAUUUCAGCGUGCGAGAUACUGACUGUUGUUUUUUGUAAAGGAAGUGCCGAGGAAAGGAGAGACAUUUGAGAGGCCAAGACUCAGGGACCACGUCAUUGCCUGACAGUAAGUUAGGCGAAGGAGAGAGAAGCGACCUGGAGCCCUGAGCCCCUCUCUGUGCUGUGUCCAGUCCUGCAGGGGGAGGCGGGGCUUCUGCGGGCGAGGGCGGGGCUUCGGCGGGAGGACACGGCGGGUGCCGAGCCGGAGACACGGGGAGCAGGAUAGGGAAGCAGCAGGGCGGGGCCGGCGGCGGCGCGGGGCUGGCGGAGAAGAUGGCGGGCAGCCCGGAGAAGAGCGCCUCGGCGCAGGAGCUGAAGGAGCAGGGCAACCGCCUCUUCCUCGGCCGAAAGUACCAGGACGCCUCCGUCUGCUACAGCAAGGCCAUCAACCGGAACCCCUCGGUGUCGGUGUACUACACCAACAGGGCCCUGUGCUACGUGAAGCUCCAGCAGUACGGCAAGGCCCUGGCCGACUGCAAGCACGCCCUGGAGCUGGACAGCCAGUCGGUCAAGGCGCACUUCUUCCUGGGCCAGUGCCACCUGGAGAUGGAGAACUACGACGAAGCCAUCGGCAACCUGCAGAGAGCCUACAACCUGGCCAAGGAGCAGCGGCUGAACUUUGGGGACGACAUCCCCAGCGCCCUCAGGAUAGCCAAGAAGAAGCGAUGGAACAGCAUCGAGGAGAAGCGCAUCAACCAGGAGAACGAGCUGCACGCCUAUCUCACCAAACUCAUCCUGGCAGAGAAGGAGAGGGAGCUGGACGACUGGCGGGAAAAGCAGGAGGACAAGUCGGAGGACAGCAGGAGCCGGAACGAGUCGGCCAAGAUCCAGUCCAAACACGAUAAGUACCUGUCGGACAUGGACGAGCUGUUCUCUCAGGUGGACGAGAAGAGAAAGAAACGGGAGAUCCCCGACUACCUGUGCGGGAAGAUCAGCUUCGAGCUCAUGAGGGAGCCCUGCAUCACGCCCAGCGGGAUCACCUACGACCGCAAAGACAUCGAGGAGCACCUGCAGCGGGUCGGACAUUUUGACCCCGUGACCCGCAGCCCUUUGACCCAAGACCAGCUGAUCCCGAACCUGGCCAUGAAGGAGGUGAUCGACGCCUUCAUCCUGGAGAACGGCUGGGUGGAGGACUACUGAGCCUCCGAGCUUCUCUCGAAAGGAGAAAUCAGAGAAGAAGAAGAAGAAACUUGGCGGAAGGCCAGACGGGAGACGGACCCCUAAACGAAAGCGAGAGUUGAAGCGAACAAAUGGAAUGAAACAAAAUGAGCGCGCCCUCUCGGGCGGGCGCUGAGACGGACCGCCAAAAAGCAGGAGCGCGGAGGCCCUGAACUACGACCAUCUCCUUCCAUUCUCUCUCUCUCUCUCUCUCUCCCUCUCUCGCUCUCCCCCCCUCUCUCACUCUCUCUCUCUCUUUCACUCUCUCUCUCUGUCUCUCUCUCUCUUUCUCCCUCUCUCUCUCUCUCUCUCUCUCUCUCUCUCUCUCUCCGUCUCUCUUCUCUCUUCUUCUCCAGCCUGCACACUGCCCACCUCCUCCCUCGUUUCCCCCCCGUGGUCCCUCCUAAUAAAAUUACACUGUCCCUCUGCAGUGGGGAGCACCGUCUCCAUUUUAAUUUCAUGGUUUUGCUUUUAUUUUGCAGGUGAUUUUAUCCUGUGUGUGUGUGUGUGUGUGUGUGUGCGCGCGCGUGCACGUCUUUUACAUCAUUAUGUUCGGAGACUGGGCUCAGUCCUUACAAUUGCAUUUUGCAAUCGAACGAUUAAAGCAGCAGGUAUAUGCUUAUGUGGAUUUACAGUGUAGGAAGAGAUGAGGGUUUGGGUAGCCCCAUAGUUGAGCGAAGGCUAGCGUUCUGUGCGAUGCUAGCGUUAUGUGCGAUGCUAGCGUUCUACGCAACGCUAGCGUUCUGCGCGAUACAUGGUACAGUCAAACUGCAAAGCUCAUUUAAUCCUUAGAUUAUCAGUCUAUCCUUUAUUAAAAAAACUGCGGAAUCCAGUGUGUCGGUCCCAGGUGGCAGAACUGCAGUACCCAGCUCACACUGCACCAUCUCUCCACUCACGCACUUCCCUCCCACCUCUGAGAAAACCGGCAGCACUCGGCCCUAUAGGGGGGGAAAUGUCUGAGGGAACUGCGCUGGAGGUGUGACAUCCAGCACUCAAAAUGGCAUCCUGUCAGUGGUCCGUAGGCUCCGCCUCUCUUUUUUGACAGGUAUAUAAAGGGCAGCGGUGACGGGCAUCGCAGUCUGACCCGAGGAACUCGCCACAGGGGGCUUGCAUGGUAUUCUCCUGAGAAUUUAAGCUCAUCUAAUUCUGGUUGUCAUGGAAAAAAGAAAGUUGCGUGCUUAUGAAUCUGUCUGUACUUUUGCGGGGCGUGUGAGAAAAGCAGGUGAUGUAUUAGGUGUCUUACACAUUCUGAUCAGUUUCAAAAGGCUUCUUUUUUUUUUUUGCAAAAACAUUCAAAGUUUGCACUUUUUAAGUUUGUGGUGCCCCCUUUGUGUCCUGAUAUGCAGUUUUAACAGUUUUUCCCUUCUUCUGACAUUAACUUCCCAAGACUGUUGAUCAGCGAUCAUGUUAGCCGUGGAUCAUUGGUUUUGAAAUCUUGGCAGAGAAAAAACUGUAAUCAUGUUUGUUUUUAUAUGUGUGGGUUUACAUACACGUGCACUGUGAGACUGCUUCAUACAGUGAUUUGAGUGUCUGUGACCAGUGUUGUGUGUCUGUAGGCGUGGGUGUGUCAGUAAGCAGUGCUGUGUGUCUGUAGCAGUGAGUGUGUCUGUAGGAGUUAGGGUGUCUGCAGGAGUGAGUGUGUCUGUAAGCAGUACUGUGUGUCUGUAAGCAGUGGUGUGUCUGUAGGAGUGGGUGUGUCAGUGGGAGUAAGUGUGUCUGUAGGAGUGGGUGUGUCAGUAAGCAGUGCUGUGUGUCUGUAACAGUGAGUGUGUCUGUAGGAGUUAGGGUGUCUGCAGGAGUGAGCGUGUCUGUAAGCAGUACUGUGUGUCAGUAAGCAGUGGUUUGUGUUUGUAGGAGUGGGUGUGUCUGUGUCUUUAACACAAUCCAUUCCUGAAGGAUAGCCAAUCACCACUUUGAGUGCACCUGCUAACGAUUGUCAGUUUUGGACUAAAACCCCUGAAUUUCACAUCUGUGGAAAUGUUAAACUUUGUUUUUUAAGUAUAAAAAUAAAAUGGUACCUCUGCCCUCUAUAAUCUC